GGGGGGGGGCUGUGUAACAUGACGCUGGAUGAAAACUCUGCUCCUGGUCGGACUCCUAGUACACAUGCUGGGAGCUGGAGAGGAGGCGCACGAUGGAUCCUCUGGUGCUCAUCGUGCUGACAUGUCUGCCCCUCGGCUCGGCGGUCUACAACGGGCCCCUCCAGGCCGAGAUCUCCAACGGCACCUUCCACCACUUCUACGUCCCGGACGGCGACUACGAGGACACCGAAGACCCGGAAAAGUGCCAGAUGGUCUUUAGGUUCUCGGACGGGUCUCCGUGCUCGAUCGCUGAGGAGGAAAGCGACGCAAUGGUGCGAGAGGAUCUCAUCCUCGCCCGCCUGCAGGCGGAGGACGCGGCGCGGCUGCUGGAGAGCAUCGGGCGGUCAGUAGCCAACGACCUGGACGGAGAGGUAAGCUACGGCCGCUUCCUCCAGAGGGAGAUCUCUCAGAUCGGCGAGGCUUUCUCCAGCGUUGACAAAUCUCUGGAGGAGCUGGAGGUGAAGUUCAAGCAGAGCCAGGAAAGUGAUCUGAGAGAGGAGCAGCAACUAAGCAGCUAUGUGCUCAAACAACUGGGAGACGUCAGGGACGCCCUGAGGGACACAAAGGACAUCUCAGCUGGACUGAGGGAUAAACAGGAGCUGCUGUCGCUCAUCAUUCGCAGCCAUGCGAGCAGACUGAGUCGCCUUAAAACACAAUAUCUCAAUCCAGGAUCAUAGUCCACUUAUUAUAAUAAGCUCUGCUCUCGAUUUUGGACAUGUUGAAUUCAUAUGAUCGGGGAACCAUACAGCUAUGAAGUGUUUCCACUUCUUGGAAAUGAGUCAUCACAACAUUCCUCUGAGUCAAGUGGCAGGAAAGGAAAUUGAAAAGAGAAUAUUGUAGCUUCUGAAUAAAUACAACUGCUACUGUACCUAUUUGUUUGUAUGAUUGAAAUCAUCUUAGGGCCAUAUAUCUUCAUAUUUUUAAUCCCUGUCUGUCUGGUCCCUCGUAUUGUAAACAUCUCUCCAUCCUCCAUCCAUAUGUGGCAGACUUGAGUAUCCCCUUCAAGUGUACCUUGUUAAUUGGCGUCUGGGUUCUUUCAAUGCCUCCCACCUCCAUCUGGAAGCACUUUACUUAGGAUAAAAAUACAUACUCAAAGGCGGUCACUUGUUAUUAUCAACUCUUUGGAGUCACUCUUUGUCAAAUUGUGUGUUUGUCUUGUUUUUAUGUAUAUUUUGUAGGCAUAGAAUGCAUGGAAAGUCAUUCCGAAACCUCAGUCAUGAUGUGACGUUAUAUUUUAGUCACAUUAUUUCUCGGAAAAAAACAUUGUAGAUGAAUUCCUGCACGCUGAAACCGUAACAGAUUCACCAUCCAGCAGAAAAGCGUUAUUGUUAUCAUACAUCCUGUGUGCAAUAUUUGACUUUCGUCACCGUGAGUUCGAUAUAAAUGUAAAAAAUGCACAAAUAAAUGCCGUAAAUAAG